AUGCCAAAGAGGCCAGGACGCGAUGCGCCUCCGCACGUCACUGUCACAUCUCAACUUCUUACAACACAGAAGAGCCUUCUUGACACGCUGUCUUCCUUCCUGAGGGUGCUCACUCACCACUUGCUGUACCUCCGAAAGAUUUACCCGCCUGUGUCGUUCGUAACGACUAGAGCAUACAACUUCCCUGUUAAACAGAACCGUCAUCCCGAGGUGUGCUCUUGGAUCAAUGCUGCGGUAAAGGCGGUCAAGGACGAGUUCUACAAGACAGCAGUGGAGAAAGUAGCCAUAUGCAUUUUUGAGUGCGAUAGUGAUCGAGUCGUGGAGCGGUGGACCAUCGAUUUCCCAAACUUCCCAGCCGUCGCCUUUCGAGAUCGCUUUGUCCCUUUCGCCAGCUCCGACGAUGUCGAGCUGAAGAAGAAGCUCAACGUUACAGAUAUUGAGGCAAGCUUCCGCGCUGUGCUACUGAAGCUGGACCAAGUUUCACAGAAAAUGGCACCUCUACCAGAUGGGGACUGGGCACCUGACUAUAGCUUUACGAUGACGAUUGAAAUCAAAGACGGAGCUGAUGCACCAGUUGGCGUCCUUGGAUUGAAGGAACGCAAAUGGAUUGUGGCAGAACCCGAAUUUGCACCAACGCAAUUCCUUAAUGACUCGAAUGAGUCUGAUACUCGCAGUGAGCAGCCUCGUGGCGGUACCAUUCCUGUGCGCAGGUUAGAGGCUGGAGAACUAAGAAUGGAGUUGUGGUGUGAAGAAGCGGAGCUCAAAUUCAAGCUGCCGACCACUUAUCAAACAAUCCUUGAAAAAGCUGGCAAUCUGUCUUAUGGUGCAGGUCACGAGAAAUUCAAUACCGGUGUUAAGCACCCCGCAGAUGAUGAGGAAGUUCAAGGCGACGAGAAACCUCCGAGUAAUGAUAAGUUCGACUCUUUCUACGACCAAUUGAUGCGGGGAGAGCUUAAUAACGGAUGGCUCGAGCAGCCUGAUAUCAAUAGGAAACCACAAGGUAACACUUAG